AUGACACCACCGGCAUCAGGCUCAUCGGCGGCCAAACCCCAACAACCAGAUCAAGGCGGCAAACAACCCCUCAGCUGCGCCAACUGCAGGCACCGCAAGAUCAAGUGCGACAAGGUCCAGCCGCGAUGCACGCAGUGUGAGCGCGCCGACCUCGACUGCGUCUUCCCCUCGCGCAAGCGCAACCGGAAGCCCCGCCAGGGCCGCCAGAGCGAGCUCCUCAACCGCAUCACGCGCCUCGAGAGCAUCGUCUCAAAGGUCGACUCCGGAAACCUCGACAGUAAAGAUGGCGCCGCCGCCGCCGCCGCCUCCUCUGGGGCCGUUGCCGCCGCGACGGCCGCCGCCGCCCGGGUCUCCGCCGCCCGCGGGAGGAGCAGCUCCGCGGCGCCCAGCGACUCGGAGCCGUCUGAGCCCGCCGCCCCGGGGUGGGACCAGCCCGCGCCGGCGGCGAAUCUGAUGAGCGCCGAGUUCUGGGAGAACCUCUGCCAGGAGGUCGAGGGCAUGAGGCAGGCGCUGGACCAGCCCUCGGACGGCGACGAGUCGUCCGAGGACGAGGCGCCCACGACGAGCCCCGAGAGCUCCACCAACAAGGGGCUCACCCCGCCGGCGCUGUCCGGGCUGAUCUCGAGCAGCGGCGUCCUGAGCAGCACCGACAACGAGCUGAAGCACCCCCCGCGCGAGCACAUUUUGUAUAUGUGCCGGGUCUUUUUUGAGAAUGUCGAUCCCGCGUUCAAGGUCCUGCAUCGGCCGACGACGUCGGCUGAGCUGGAGGCUUUUGCGAAUUCGUCCACUAGACGAAUCGACGAUGCUACGGAAGCGUUGUUCUUUUCGAUGUAUUUUGGAGCUAUUACGAGUCUAUCUAAUGCGGCAUGUUUGAAGAAUCUAGGCGAGGAGAGGAGUAUUCUCGCUCAGCGAUAUAGGGACGGCGUCGAGAGGGCGCUUCACAAGGCGGAUUACCUUAACAGCACCGAGAUCAAAACCCUCCAAGCGCUCACAUUCUACGUCUGCUUCCUCCGCACCCACAACGCGUCCCGCGCCACCUGGGCCCUGAUCCCGCUGGUCGUCCGCCUAGCCCAGGCCCUGCACCUCCACCGCGACGGCGUCUCGCCCCCGCUCCCGCCCUUCGAGGCCGAGAUGCGCCGCCGGCUGUGGUGGAUGAUCGUGGUCCUCGACAUCCGCGCCGCCGAGGACCGCGGCACCGACGCCGCCAUCGCCCGCCAGUCCUACAACACCCGGCUCCCCUUCAACCUCGACGACGGCGACUUCGGCCCCUCCACGACCGCCCCGCUCGAGGACAGGACCGGCCCGACCGAGAUGACCUUCUGCCUCUGCACGUCCAUGAGCUCCGGCAUCUUCGGCAACCUCCGGCCCCGGCACCCGCAGCUCGCGCUGGACCACGACGGCACCCCGGAGCCGACGACGAGCGAGGACGAGAUCAUGGCCCACGCGCAGAGGCUCGAGGCGCUGUUCGGGACGGCGCCGCCCAAGACGACACCCAAGGACGGCAGCGGCGGCGGCAGUGGCGGAACGGCCGAGGCGGAGGACGCGUCGCACCUGCCGGCGAACCACGCGGCGGUGACGGUGCGGAUCAUCAUCCUGAAGAUGUGGCUGUCGGCGCAGUACCCGUUCACGCCGCGGGCGGCGGCGGCGGCGGCGAAGCCGCGCGUGGCGAGGGAGACGAUGCUGCGGACGGCGGUGAACACGAUCGAGCUGGUCGAGUUCAGCACGAGCACGUACCGGGAGCGGUUCGGGUGGUGGAUCGACAGCUACGUGCAGUGGCAUCCGCUCGCGGUGGCGCUGGCGGAGCUGUGCGUGCAGACGAGGGGGGAGCUGGUGGAGCGGGCGUGGAAGGUGGUGGACAGGAACUUCUCGGAGAUGGGGGCGAGGAUCGCGGACACGAGGAGGGGCACGCUCUGGCGGCCGCUGAAGAAGUUGCUCAGGAAGGCGAGGGCUGCGCGGGCGAAUGCUCUGAUGGGGGAUUUGAAGAUUGGUGCCGGACCCGUGGGCAGUGCUGCUGCUGGUGCUGCUGGAGCGGUAGGCGGUGCGGCUGCCAGACCGGCGCCGGGACCGAGACCAGCUCCCACUGCCGGGAAGAUAGAGGAAGAGGAGGAUGACGAUGAGGAUGACGAGGAUGAGGACGGGGAGGGAGAUAUGGACGUCGAUGUUGAGGCUGUCGAGAAUCGCCAAGCAAUGCCGCCACCUAUGGCGCCUCCUGCGGUGCCUCCUGCGGUGCCUCCUGCGGCGCCUACCGGCGUCGGCGUCGGUAUCGGACCCGGUGCCGGUGUCGGUGUUGGCGUAGGUGCUCCCAUCGGGGGCGGAUUGGGAGGAGGGGCCAACAUCAUGGACGAUCUGCGGGCCAACGCGUCCAUCGCGCCCAUGGCUCCGUUCGGCAACACGCCCAUGUGGGAACACCCGCAGGAUCUGAUCAACCACUUCGGGUUCCCGAUGGACGCCGGGGAGUUCUCGUGGGAUUGGAGCACGUGGAACGAGUUCGUGGACGACGCCAACACGGAAAGGUCGCCUGGGGACGGGUGA